GCGCCGGACGGUAUCGCGAGACGUAUCCACGCGCGCCGCCGCGAGUCCAUGUGAGCGACCGACAGUUCUCUUGUUGUGUACGGUGAACGAAGGAUCGGCAAGCUGUACGCGCCGCAGGAAGACGACAUGUUGACGAUGGAGACGGAUUUGAAAGGCGGCAGCCUACACGCUACCGUGCCGCCGCACCAUGCGUUGCAGCACGGCUACGGCUCGCUGGGCGCCCUCGGCGGCAUGAUGUCGCUGCCGCAGCAACAGUCGCUGGGUCAGCAUCAGCCACUGCAGCAUCAUCAGCAUCAGCCGCUACCACAACACCACCAGCCUCCGCCUCAGCAUCACCAGCCGCCCAACAACAACAAUAACACCACCAGCAAAAACUCUAACGCCGAACGGGUCAAGCGACCGAUGAACGCGUUCAUGGUGUGGUCACGCGGGCAACGCAGGAAAAUGGCCUCCGACAAUCCUAAAAUGCACAAUUCCGAAAUCUCCAAACGUUUAGGCGCACAAUGGAAAGAUUUAUCUGAAUCUGAGAAGCGACCGUUCAUCGACGAAGCUAAGAGAUUGCGAGCCGUUCACAUGAAGGAACAUCCAGAUUACAAAUAUAGACCAAGGCGGAAAACGAAGACUCUUGCAAAGAAACAGGAAAAGUAUCCUCUAGGAGGUGGAUCGUUAUUAGGUGCAAGUGACGUGCAAAGAACGGCCGCUCCGUCGGCGCAACAACCUCGCGAUGUUUACCAGAUGACUCCAAACGGCUACAUGCCCAACGGUUACAUGAUGCACGAUCCCAGUGCAUAUCAGCAGCAAGCAUAUGGCUACCCGCGCUACGACGUGUCACAGAUGCAACAGAGCGGAUACGGCGGAGGUUACUAUGGCGGUGGACAAGGAUCUCCAUACCUGCCGCAGCCGCCGUCGCCAUCCGCAUAUGGAAUCGGCCCCGGAUCUCCAGGUGGCUACGCGCUACCCGCAUCUUGCGCAUCACAUUCACCAAGCGGUUCAUCGGCCAAGUCAGAGCCAGUGUCACCCGGACCGCCAGGGCUCAAGCGGGAGUUUGUGUCUCAUGAGCCGGUUUCGCAACUGAAGCGCGAAUACGGGCAAGCGGGUGGGCAGCACCCGCACGAGUUAGCCAUGAAGCGCGAGUACGGGCAGCAGGACCUCAGCCACAUCAUCAACAUGUACCACGUACCAGACGAACAGAGGUACGCGGCGGCAGGCGAGCGCGCCAUGCCGCUCAUCUGAGAAUCGCCCUUCGCGUGCGACAUCGACAUCCCGCCGCUAUGAGCGCGUCGCACGCCUGUGACUAUCGCGUUAGGACAGUGAUCGUUAUUCCCAGCCAAACAUACUUCUAGGUAUGUCAAUUUAUUUGUUUAUCGAAGCCGGGAGCCAGCUCUGUUAGUGUUGCGCGAUGUUGACUCUGAAUCGGCCCGCCGUCGGCCGAGCGUUCGAUUUAAUGUUGUUGAUUAAUCUUGUAUUAUAUUACGAUUACUGUAUUUUUUCAUGGUUUAAGUUUAUAUUAUAAGUUGUGACGUGCGGACGAGAGGCUGUGGAGUGAUAUUCGCGUGUGAGACGAUGUAGUGAAAGAGAUUAUUUGAAUACCAAAAAAAAUUUUGAUCAAAUUGUAAAUAUAGUGUUAAAGGCUAGAAAAGUUGAAGUUAGUGGAUAAUGUAGGUAGAUAGAAUUAAGAAGUGCCACGGCGAACACUCGUACGGCCGUCGUGUAUGUACAAAAUAUUUGUUAUAUCGAAUCGAAAGUUAUAAAGCCUCGAAAGACUAAAAUAUUGUAAUACGAAAAUGUACAGUGAGUGUUAUAUAGUCAGUGGACACAAAAGUAUAUUGAAAGAAGAUAAAGUUAUCAAUAAACGACGCGUUAAAAUUGUA